AUGGUUUCUCUCUUAGGCCUCCUCUGCCUAUUCAUGAUCAUCUUGGCCUCCAUGAACGCUCCGGUGGGAGCCUCCGAGGAAUUCAAAGUUGGCGAUGUUGACGGUUGGCGGCAGCCUGCCGCCAAUGAAUCUUCAAUGUAUACUCAGUGGGCUGCCAAAAACAGAUUUCAUGUUGGAGAUUCACUUCGGUUUGAGUACAAGAACGACUCAGUCCUGGUGGUGGACAAAUGGGGUUACUAUCACUGCAACACGAGCAAUCCCAUCUCUGCCUUCAAUGAUGGUAAUAAUAGCAUUGUCAAUCUUCACAAUCCUGGACCCAUGUAUUUCAUCAGUGGGGAUCCUGAUCACUGCAAGAAUGGCCAGCGAUUGCUCGUCGACGUGAUGACCCUUCACCCAAUCUCACACACUCCUCCAUCCAUUGCCAGUCCUCCUCAACCUUUUCCGGCAACAUCUCCUUCACCGUCUCCGCUUUCAAGUGCAGGAGUAUCAGUUUCAGUGCCACCCAUUUCAGUCUUGCUGGCUCUCGUUGCCCAUAUUGUGGCAUUGGUGUGGUGUGCACCAUAGUGUUUUUAUUUUUUAUGAUAUGACAUUUAGUUAUGUAGGUUAAACAUUGUGUCAGAUUAUGGACUUAUGUGGUUUCAAUUUCUUCAAUAUUAUUUUGUAAACAUU